CCAACUGUAUCCAGAGGAUGAGAAGAACGCCGCCACUGGAUGAGCUUCAGCCGCCUCCCUAUCAGGAUGAGAAUGGUUCUCCGAGGAUGUCGUGCACUCUGUCGGACCUCGGAGACGCCAAGUGCGACCUGUCCCAGACCAGUGGAAGUCCGCACCUUUCUUUUGAAAAGUGUCCGAGCGAGGGCAGRGAUGGUCAAGAGACGGAGAGUUACCUCAACAAAGGCUAUGAGGAGGACGUUCCCAGCGACAGCACGGCUGUGCUCAGCCCAGAGGUCAUGUCCGCUCGUGGCUCUGCGGUGCGGCUCCCUAAGGGUUACGAACCGGACCCCYUUGCGAAAUACGGCACCCUGGACGUGGUGUUCGACUACGACUCGGAGGAGCAGCGGCUGACCCUGACCAUCAUGGCGGUGACCGAUCUGCCCUCCAUCAAACGCACCGGGAACAUUUCCUGGCAGGUCCACCUGGUGCUCCUGCCCACCAAGAAGCAGAGGGCGAAGACGGGCAUCCAGCGAGGCCCGUGCCCCGUCUUCACCGAGACCUUUCACUUCAGCCACGUGGAGUCGGAGAUGAUCAGCAAUUAUGCCGUGCGGUUCCGUCUUUACAGCAUGCGACGGAUGAAGAAGGAGAAGGUGUUUGGAGAAAAGGUGUUCUACCUCACCAAGCUCAACCUUCAGGGCAAAAUGUCUGUGCCGGUCAUAUUGGACCCGUGCUGUGCGCUCCCGGGCGGUGAAUCCCAGGUCAGCCUGUCUGAUAGGACGUGCAGCGAAAGCGCCUCGUCCUUCCAGUCCGUCAGUCAGACCUCCACGCCGGAGAUCCUGGUGGGCCUGAUUUACAACGCCACGACCGGCCGCCUCUCUGUGGAGGUCAUUAAGGGCAUCCACUUCAAAAACCUGGCWGCCAACAAGCCACCCAACGGGCUGUUCUGUUGUCUAAAACACUUAAUAGGUGGACAGGUUUAUAUAAUCAGAGAUACGUACGUCAAGCUGACCCUGCUGAACUCCAUGGGGCACGAAAUGUCCAAGUGCAAGACGUCCAUCUGUCGAGGUCAGCCCAACCCGACCUACAAAGAGACUUUUGUCUUCCAGGUGGCUCUUUUCCAGCUCUCUGAUGUCACGCUCAUCCUCUCUGUCUACAACAAGCGCAGCAUGAAGCGCAAGGAGAUGAUCGGCUGGAUUUCCCUGGGCCUGAACAGCUCCGGGGAGGAGGAGCUCACCCACUGGACUCAGAUGAAGGAGUCCAAAGGACAGCAGGUCUGCCGCUGGCACAGUCUGCUGGAGUCCUAACGGAGGAGGGGUGAAAAGAUGAACCAGAGGAGAUCAGCUGGGAARGAACCGGACGUCUCAUUCCACGACAGCGUGGGGUAAAAUCACCACCAACAGAGAGGGAUUAAUAAUCCUGUCCUUUCUGUAAUCCAUUGAUCUUUAGGUUUCCAUAUAUGGCACUUCCUGUUGAAUCAUGCUGGAAAAUAUGAGCACCAACACCUCCCGCUCUAACAACCAACACCAGAAUUACUCAAAUUCUUGUUAAUCAAGAAAUUAACAAUAUCCACUGUCACAGGUCUCAACAAUCCAUUUUUCUAAAAAA